AUGAAGAAAAAGAAUCAAGGCUCUUCGAGAGUAAAGCGAGCACAACUCCAAGCAUUAAGAAGAGAGUUUGAGACUCUGCAAAUGGGAGAUGGUGAAUCAAUUACCAGUUAUUACGCAAGGACAAUGGGGACAACAAACAAAAUGCGUUUCCAUGGUGAGAAAAUGGAUGAUGUAACCAUUUUUGAAAAGAUUCUACGAUCUUUGGCUCCAAAGUUUGAUUAUGUUGUGUGUUCAAUUGAGGAGUCCAAAGAUAUAGAUAAUUUAUCACUUGAUGACUCCUUGUUGGUAUAUGAGCAGAAAAUGAACAGAGGUGCAACCUUAGAUGAACAUGCUUUGAAGGCCUCAACUCAUAGUAAGAACUCGUGA